AUGAUUGCGCGACAGGAUGACGAGGAGACACCUCUUCUGCAACAACCAGAACAGCCAACGACCAGGACACCUCUUCCCUGGGAUCAAUUAUGGAUUAUAUUGUUCUUGCAAGUGUCAGAACCUCUUUCUUGUCAGACCCUUUCCCCGUUUAUUCCCCAACUCAUUAGAGACAUUGGAGUGACUCACGGAGACGAAUCCCAGGUCGGUCACUAUGUCGGCAUCCUUCAAUCAACAUACUAUGCAGGUCAUAUGCUGACUAUUUUUCAUUGGAGUCAACUGUCCGACCACAUUGGGCGAAAGCCUGUAAUACUGACAGCUCUAUUAGCAAUUUCUGUCUCGAUGUUCUCGUUUGGGCUGUCGAAGACCUUUCUUGGUCUGGUGGUUAGCCGUGCUGUCGGCGGAGCAUUUGAUGGGAGCAAUAGUGUCAUCAAGAGCAUGAUGAUGGAUAUCACUGACGUAACAAAUAUGCCCAAGGCAUACGCCUAUACGCCAAUUCCGAUGAUGAUCGGAAAAACAGCUGGACCACUCAUUGGGGGAUCGCUUUUCCGACCAGCAGACAGAUUCCCUGACAUCUUCGGGCGAUCAGAACUCCUGAAAGCCUACCCAUAUCUCCUGCCGUGCUUUAUUUCGACAAAUUUUGUAUCGAUAUCUGGGUUAGUCACGUAUUUCCGUCUUAAAGAGAGCGUAUCUACCAGGACAUCACUUUGGGAGCUAAUCAAAGGAGGAUUGUUCCGACAGUCAUACACAAAGGCUCACCAGCCAUCGAGCAAUGUGCUAGUUAAUCCUGGGGAAGCGAACUCUGGAGAAGCGCCACUUCCGCUGCGCGCAUUGCUGACUCCAAAGGUCCUGACUGUAACAGCAAGCUAUGUCACCUUGGUUCUGUUUUACAUGGCGCUUGGUUCGGUCCUGCCUAUUUUCUAUGCAACACCGAUUGAACUCGGUGGUCUUUCCCUCGACCCUCCUCGCAUCGGCGCUAUACUUGCGGCACAAGGUGCCGUACAUGGCAUAUUUCAGCUGGUUUUCUACGCCCGUUUACAUGAUCACUUCGGUGCAGGAGCCAUCCAUUUUACUGGCGUUAGCUCCGGCAUACCCAUCAUCAUAUUAUUUCCAGUGAUCAAUGCUCUGGCUCGAGCCCAUGGGGUAGGUUUGGCGGUCUGGUUGUGUGUUGCCAUCCAGCUUGCGCUGACGAUCAGCCUGGUCAUGUGCUACAUCUCCUUGACAUUAUUCGUCAGAGCAGCUGCUCCCAAUCGCGCCUCGCUCGGAGCAACCAAUGGUUUCGUCCAGAUGUUUCUUGCAGGAGCAAGAAUAAUUGGCCCAGCAUCUGCGGCUUCAGUCUUCUCUUAUUCAAUGCAGGAAGGGCAUCAUGCGUGGUUGGUAUACUACUUCUUGAUGGCAAUUGCAUUUCUCGCUAUAGGUGUUUCUCUAUUGCUUCCCCGAGAUCCUAGUGUAUAG